CGUCUGCAAUUCACGUCAUCGUUCCCGUUGGAAAAGUAGGUCUUCCUGGCCUCACAAACCGUGCAAACCGUGGAAAACAGCAGCUCGGAAAGAUCCCCAAACAGAAAUCCGAAAACCACGAAAAAGGAUUCUAAAUCCUUUUACAACUCCACCGGAACCAACUCAUAAUCAUCCUUAGAACGCACAGAAACCUACGGCUAAGAUCCGGGUGCGUCGGAAGGAAAACCGCCAAGAUUUCAGAUACCCCAGACAGCUACUAAAGGGAAUGAACAGAUUGCACCUAAUUGGAUCAUUGGUAUAGAACUGGGGUAAAUCCUCACUGAAGAAGAAGGAUUCAUCAUCAUCACGAAACCACCAAAGCCACUCUACAAUGAAAAACAUGAAAAGUUCUGUGUAUCCGAGGUAGAGCGGUUGAAUACUGGGGAAAACUUAGUCGUACUAAGAGCACGAUGGACAUCUUCCAGAAUCAGUGCAGCGAGAGUCUCGGUUUCGAUUCGGUGCUAUCGGCGAACCAUCUCGGAUCACCGCUGCACGAUGUUCCUAGCUCACCGAGUGCCCUUAACUAUGCGCCCGCAUCGCCCUACUUUGCCAGCUUCUCCCAGUCUCAACAACCCGUAUCGCAAGGUACGACGGCCUUCGGUUCUUCCUCCUCUUCAAGCGCCGGACCAAACGAUGUUAUCUUGCCGAGCAUUUUCGUCAAAAUACCGACUCAGAUCAACCAACAGUAUCAACAGGAGAACCGGUUACGAUCACGUAAUGCCAGUGAAAUCAAGUGCGAGGACCGGACGGAAGCAAUCAAGAGUGAAAUCGCUGAUAUGCGCUCGCUCGGUCCUCCACCGGUGCCGACCGCUAGUUCCGUUAGCGAACGGCAGCUGCCGGACGCAAUCGGUGGUUAUCUGAACGCUACUGUUCUGGAUGAAACCGCACCCAUCACGGAAGCUCUGAUACUGCGCUGUGAUUACUGUCCCUUCGCUACACUCUCGGAACCGUGCCUUAGCGAACACAAACGAGCAAAGCAUGAUUCGGCCGUCGCUCGAUUGUUGCUAGUUCCCCUACCCUGUCCCGUUUGUGAGAAUAAGUUCUACAAGCGCACCGUUUUGGAGCUUCAUCUGCUGGAGGACCACGAAAUGGCACGGAGUGAAGUGGAUCUGCUGCUGAAACGCUGUAAUCAACCACAGGAGGAAGCUUCUGCGUCCACUAUUUCCCAUGAGGUGAAUCAUGCGGUCGAUCCGCUCAUUCAGGCCAUGCCGCCACCAUCAGCAGCAGUAGCAGCUGCGGCGAAAAGCCGUAUUUACAUUAAAGAUGUGCAGCUGCUUAGAAACCCGGACGUAAUUACUCAAAGCACACAUGCCCAGUCGUCGGAACGGUCGCAGUCUUCCGAUGCGAUACAACAACCACAGCCAGUCAUCGGAGAGUACCAGCUGUUGACACCGCAUCCGACCAUGGAUUCUCUAUCGCACGAGCCUCCCCUAGAGGCGAUGUUUCCGCAGCAAACGACCUGCCCGGGAUCGGGGGCAACAACUAAUCAAGGAAGCAAAAUCUUCAUCCGCAAUGUCUCACUUCUACAGAGCGCCAACUUUGCCCCCUCGUCGGAGAAUAUGCUGCUACCGAAUGGUACGGCCAAGUAUCGGAGCUUCCUUUCUACCGCUUCUGAUAGCUGCAGCAAUCCAUCACCACCAACCAUGGAAUCUCCCGUGGGAGAUGGAAGCACACCGAAUAACGAUACACCUCCACCUCUUCCUCCUCCUUCGAUGGCGUCGGGUAAUAAUCGCAUUUACAUUAAAAAUGUAGACAUUCUGCGCAAUCCAGUACCAUCGAUGAUGGAACCGGUGGAUACGUUGGGCAAUUCUUCGCAGGUGAUUUAUAAUGAAGCCCUGGGUGUCGAUAGUCGCGCUAGUAGCUGUGAAAGUAUCGUUUGCACUUCAACGCCACCACCUCCUGUGGCGUCGACAUCGGUUGGUGCAGUGGCCACUUCGGGUACACUAUCAGUGGCAGCACCCGUUACCGUUAUACCCCGGUCACAGAUUAUGUCGUCCCGAUGUUCAGACGAUAAUAUGCUGCUCUCAUCGGCAAUAGAUCCAAAUGGAUCCGAACUACCAACGAACGCUGUAUCGAUGCAGUCCAGUGUUCAUGGCUUCCUUGAUGGUGGUCUACAGCCGGAAACCACGAACGUUUCGAUGGAUUCAGCAACCAACCAGUGCCAAACCACGGAGAGGCGGAGUAAGAUUUUUAUUAAAAACAUAAGCGUCCUCAAGCAACCGACCAUUCAUCUCAAAUCGGUCGACGAGGUAAACCUGAUGACGUACGAUGAGAUGCAGAUGCAGAAUCUGGUUCCUUCAAUCGUCACAACGGGUGAUGGUGGCGAUGUUCGAAGCCAGGAAGUGAUGGAUGCGGAUGUGCUCCAGCCUGUGAUGCCACAGCAAACAUUCGUCGAUGGUCUAAGAAACGGUACAACGGUUGGCGAGGAUAAUGACAUGAUGGGACGAUACGAGAUUCUGGAUGAUUGUAGCUUCGCUGAGUUCGAUGAUGAUGACAAGCAGCAUGGAACCGGAGCCACGGGAGCUUGCGAUCUGUCCGGGAACAACCUCGAGGAAAAUCGCAGAGCAAUCGAAGGCAUACAGCAAGAGGAGUUCGAUAGCGAUAUCAUCCUAUUGCAAUCGGGUUCCUCGUCACUUGCACCUUUCGACGAGAGCUCUGGUGGCAAGCUAGCAAAUGGUGAGGGAUGGCCUGUAGGAGACACCGCCAGUUCGUCCUCUCUUUCGCAGGAUAUUCUCGUUGUUGCGGAUUUUGAUCAACCAACCGAGAAGCCACUACCGGAAACUGAUGGCAACGGUUGUCAAGGUGUAGAGGUGAUCCAUCUUGACACCGUCGACCAACAAGUAGAACCGCCAACUAUGGCCCCGGAGGUGCGCCCUCCGAGCACACGAUCUCCCACCAUCUCUGGGCAACCGAGAGGCCGCCCAAAAGGUGCCAAACGGACGGGCAUUACGAAGCUUAAGAAGCUGUACACCAACCUAACACCACAGGAGGCGGGCUACAGUUGUGACCAGCGAGAGUGUGGUAUGCGCUUCCGGAAGCAAGAACUGCUGGAAUAUCAUCGAAAAUGUCACGCACGUGAUGCACCGCACGGUACCGUGUGUCCCGAGUGUGGUUCGCACGAGUUUCGUAGUUGGAAGACGCUGCAUACGCACCUGUGGCGUCAGCAUACGAUCGAUAUGGAGUUGUACGCUUGCCAGCUUUGCAGUUUUAAGACGCCCCUGCUAGCCCGGUUACUUAAAACGCACAUGUUGAUUCACUCCGAUGAACGGAACUUCAAGUGUGGCGUCUGUGGAAAAGCGUUCAAGAACAAUAAGCAGCUGCGUAACCAUCGUCGAUCACAUCGUGAUCCAUCGGCGGUGAUCGAGGAGCCAACGGUUGCGGUAGCAACCUCGCAGCAUCGGAAAUCAACACGGAAAGGUAAAAAGGCUGCAACGGAUCCAAGCGUAAACGACGGUGAGCAAGCCACAGUAGCUGGUGCUGCUGCUGCUGCUGGAGGAGGCCAUGAUUCUGUACUGAAAUGUGCCGCCUGUGAUGAGCAGUUUACAAACCAAGGCACGCUUCGAUCGCACGUAGAAAGUCAACAUCCGACGACGAUUGCACCGUCGGCUACUGGUAAGUACCGAUGUACCCUCUGUGGAAUGCUUUUCGUGACGCGUUACCAACUGGACAAGCACACGCCAAAGCACUCGGACGAGAAGCGGUUCAAGUGCGAGCACUGCGAGUACACCACGAAUGAGCACAACGCUUUUCGACGUCACCGGAUGCGGCAUAAUGCGAAAGGGACGCAUCUGUACAAGUGUGGCUACUGCGAUUAUACUAGCAUCCAGAGUACGACCUACCGGAAGCAUCUGGAGCGAAGCCAUGCCGAUGUGGCAUCGGGACUGCUGUACAAGUGUAACAAAUGUGCAUUCGUCUCGAUCAGCGAACUCAAGUAUCAGGCUCAUCAGGCGAAGCAUGAACGGGAAGCGUUACAGGAUGGCCCCGAUGGCCAGUCGGAAGACGAAGAGAGCGAGGAAGACGAUGAAGAGGGUGACGAAGACGACGGUGAGAUGGUUGGUGAGGAUGAGGAAGAGGAGAUUGAACACCAGCAGCAACGUUGUGCAGAGUCGGAUGCACCGUGGGUGACGGUUUGUGGCGCUACUACGGAGAUGGAACUCCCCCAGGAUCAAUCGUAUCAUCGUGCCUGUGAGAGUGUCAAUUCCGAUAUCAUGAUCAUUGAUCCAACGGACCAGCAAACGCCAGCAACUACCACUAACGGUGAGGUUCCGAUGCAGCAUCCUAUCGGCAAUACGUUACAUCUGGUCCAACCAUCGCAGCCCAUCAUCAGACCAGCGAUAUUCGCCAACAAUUUUUCCAAAGUUGAUAAUUUCUACGGUUAUCAACAGCAGCAGCAGCAGCAGCAGCAACAACAGCUGCACCUUCAGCAUCAACAACAGCAACAUGAAUUGUUGCAACCAAAAAUUCUUAAACUUACCGAUCGGCUACCACCUCAUCGCGUAUCGCCCGGACAUCGAUCGUAUAUUCAACCAGGUUUCCAACUGCAGUCAACCUUACCCUCGCCAUGCGCUCCAACCCUACUAUCGACCGUUGCUCUUCCGGUGGGGUGUACAAGUAAUACCUACGCAAACCUGACGCCUGCACAAACCGACUCGAGUACUGCUAUCGAGCAGAAGCAGUACGAUAGUGUGCAGUCGGUGUCUGCAGAGGACGGAAUGUUUAUGAAUAUGGUACCGGAGCCUCUGUAAAAUUGCAUUUUGAAGCGAGUAAUUCCUGAUACUCAUUAGUCAACAGUCCAUUAGAUGAUGCUCAAUGGAGUAGAUGCAUUGAUUGGGGCCUGUAGUAGCUAAUUCCAUGAUUAGAGCUAGUGCCUCUUCAUAUUGUGAUAUUAGUAUAGUACGUUCGUAGGUUUGGAUUAAGAAGAGAAACGGAAAUCUCUAAUGGUAUGGGAUAAGGGUUUACUAUCAGUUAAUCUUUUGAGUCCUCCUUGAAUUUCCUUUUUUUGCCUAAAAUGAGUGUAAAUGAAUUCAAGUAUUUCCACAAAAAACAUUUAGAAAUGGAGGCAGCGAACUGAAGAAUCCCAUGGUAUAGAAUGCCCACAGUUGGGGGAAGAGUCACGAUAUC